AUGUCCUCCUUCGCGCUUUCCACUCCCAUCAACACCGCCCUCGUCCUCUACAUCGUCUACUAUGUCCAGCGUGUCAUCUUCCCCCGCACCUCCAUUCCCAAAGAGGCCCCCGCAGAGUUCAAGGCCGGCUACUCCUGGAUGCCCAAGGCGCACCCCCCGACUCUCCUCUUCACCACGUAUACCCCAAAUACCCUCGAGCCCUUCAGUGGACGCGACGGCGGCCGCAUCCUGUUGGCUAUCGCCGGCACAGUGUUUGACGUGACUGCGGGGAGGAACUUCUACGGGCCCGACGGCAUGUAUGGCAACUUUGCAGGCCGCGACGCCUCGCGCGGCAUGGCCAAGCAGUCCUUCGAUAUCGAAAUGCUCACUCCCAUCGACCAACCUCUCGACAAGCUCGAAGACCUCACGCCUGACGAGAUCGAGAACAUGAAGGGCUGGAUCGACCACUUCUCGAACAAGUAUAUCAUCUGUGGCCGCCUCGUCGAGAAUGACGCCGUUUGA